AUAAUUGAAUUUUCAGUUCAAUUAUUCUAAAAAGAAAAAGUAAGCUUGUAGAAACUACUCUUUUUCUAAAAAAGAAAAUUAUAAAAAAAAGAAUAGACAAAAGGAACACGAGGAAAUAAUUUAUGGACUGUAAUCAGUGCUUAUAAACUCAAUUUUAAAAUUAUAAAAUAAAAAACAAAAUAAAUUGUAAAAGGACUCUGAAACUAUUAACAUUUGUUCUUUUUACAAUAAUAUCAAAUUAUCACGUACAAAUGUGCAAUAGAGAUUUAAGUCAUUGUUUUUUUUUUAAUAAAAGUAAGUAAAAGUACUUAAAUCACUAACUUAUGCGAUUAAAAAUUAGCAUAAUGCACAUUGAUUAUCAAAUAAUAAAAGAGAGAAAAUUAUAUGAACUUGGGUUCCCCAAAAAAAGAAACAGAAAGGAAUUAUAUUAAAUCGACGCCAUGGAAAGGGCAUGGACAAAUUUUUCUAGUUCAAAGCAUGAAAGUCAAAGUUAUAAAUUAAACCAUCAACCUUUAAAAUAGUAUAACUCAUGCUUUAAUCAAUGAGCUAUGCUUUGGAUUCUCAAGAUAAAAUCGAAUACUUCAAUUACUUUAUAUAAGAAGAGCAAGGAAUAUACACAUGCAUGGAGCUGGUGGUCGUCGGCAGGAGAAGUACCGAACCCUAGAACGGGCAGCAGCACCCGUGGCGGAACCACCAUCCAGAGGCGGCGUUGACGACCAAAAGAACAUAUUUGGUGGAGUUGGGGCUUUUGCAGGAAUGGGUGGCUACAUUGGAGGGUUGUUUCCACAUCUUGGUGGGGUUGGGGUAAUCGGCAAGUACGGUGGAAUUGGUGGUGGCUUUGGAGUUGGUCACGGUGGCUUCGGAGGCGGAGUUGGAGGUGUUGGUGGCAUAGGAUGUCUUCAACAACCCUUAAUAAGGCGGGAUAAGGGGCGGCAAGGAAUUUGAGGUAAAGACACUUAUCUUCAGGAUCGAAGCUCAAGAUGCCUACCUCCCAGGAACAGAGAUUGAGGAUGCACAUCUCUUAAAUCUUGAGUGGGUAUUGAGUAACCUCUCUACCUUCUUCCAGACGUAGAUAUUUAAAAUUUGAGCAGAAAAAAUACGAAUAUAUAUAUUCGAGCUGUUUUAUUAAUGUUAUUGUUUCCUAAAUG